AUGGCUGACCUUCCCAUUGCCCUCCGCCGGACGCGUCGCAGCACCUCCUCGCUGUCGGCCGCGUAUCAUGGUGCCCCAGCUGACAUGCCGACACCUCCACUGACGCCGUCCAUGUCCACGGCCUCUCCGUCAUCGGUUGAUUCUGGCCCUUCCACGCCGUCCUCCAGGCAGACGAAGACGCCGUCUCGUCGUCGCAUCCCGCAGUCGAGGAAACGCGAUGGCACUGCAAAGUCCAAACGCGUCCGUUUCUCUAACCCAGGGCCGAGGCUGGCAGCAUCGGACAGCCCAGACACUCCUGUGUCAUCGCCGUCCGGCUGCAGCUGUUCCACUGGCUUGACACCCUUCAUCCGUCGCACCUCUCUACAGACAGGCCUUCCCGUCAGCGGGGAUGUCACGUUCCUGCCUCUGCGGCAGGUCCUCGACGGCCGCGUCCAGCGUCGUCUGCGGCGGAACGGCCUGAGCGAGGAGAUGAACAAAGUGUACGCCGAAAAGGCUGAGGCAAAGAAGAAGAGGGCCGCCGAGGCCGAGCGCGAGCUCGAGCGGCUGCGCAAGGCGGUGGCAGAGAAGGACGAGCUGAUUGAGCGGCUGGAGGGCAACGCUGGCGACGACACCGUGUUCCAGGACAACGACCGCGUCAUGGCCCUGCAGCGGGAGGUCAGCAUGCUCCGCCGCCAGUUGGCCAGUGAGCAGCAGCCCCAGCCCCAGGCCAUGGACAGCUACGACCGCACGCACAACUGGACCAUGGCCGCCCGCGACCCGUUUGCGUCAACCCUCAGCAUCGACUACGCCGAUCGCAACAGCUACGUCGACAACGGCUAUGGCUUUGACGACGACGCCGACGACGACAUGACCGAGGCCAUGGCCGAUGUGGACCACCCCAACACCCCCCACAUUAUCGACGUCGACGGUGCCGACCUCUUUGGCGACGACACCAUGGCCGAGCUGCAGUGCAGCACGCCGAGCCGGUCACGCCGCCAGCAGCCGAACGCCGCCGCCAACAAGGACGACAGCCAGCAGGCCAUGUCGUUUGCGCAGUCGUUUCCCACGCCACCGGCAACGAGCCCCAUUGUAUGGGCAGACGAUGCCGAAGUGGGGAUGCCCACUGCGCCCACGACGCCGACAACGCCCAUCACGCCGCGUAUGCACCUCUUUUCAACCCGCCGCAUCCUCGCGUCUCCCGUGUCUUCGCCACCCCAGCCACCACCGGCCUCUCACAUGGUCGACAUGGAUGUCCAGGCGGCACUGCCAGAUCCCGAGACACAGCACCUUCGCGGCCAGGUCACCGACCUCGUGCGCGCCCUCGCCGACAAGACGGCCGCUCUCGAGGUCCUGUCCAAGGCGCUGGAGGAGCUGUCUCCACAGGAAGAAGAGUCGGACUCUGGCGCCGCCCGUGACGCUUCCGACAUUGUCGCCCGCCUCGAGCUCGAGUACCUCACCCCCGGCGAGAUUGAACUGCCUCUCACCGCGCCCGCCGCCGCCGUCCUCGAUUUGCUGCUGAGCCGUCUGCGCGCGCUCGCUCAGCAGGUCCAGGCCGCCGAUGCCCAGAUUGACGAGUACCAUGCCCUCGAGGGGAGCCUGCGGCAGCAGCUGGGCGCGCGCGUGCAGGCCAUGGACGGCAUGGCCGCCGACCUCGUGGCAAAGGAUGCGACCAUUGCCGCCCACGAGGCGACCAUUGCCGACCUCAACGUCGCCGUCGACCGCUUCAAGGGCGCAGUGGCCAGCUACGCACGCGACGUGGCGGAGCUCGAGGCGCUGGUGAGCCGGUUGGAGCAGGAUGUGCAGCGGGCGACCGCUGAGGCGGCGGACGCCAAGAAGGACAUCGCCGCCGCCCAAGCACACGUGGCCAAGGCCCGCCGCGCCGCCGCCACCCACGGCCAGGCCCUGGCCCUCCGCGACGCCCGCGUCCACGAGCUCCGCGGCGAGAUUGGCGAGCGCGACGCCGCUCUGCGGGCCGCCCAGCAGCGCGGCCACGAGUCGGCGCGGCAGCUGAGGGAAGAAAAUGCGGCGCUGGCCGAGCGACUGGCGGCCGAGACGCAGCGCGCCGCCGCGGCGAAGGCGGCCGUGGCCACCCUGCAGGCGCUGCUGGAUGCACCCGAGGACCACAGCAGCAGUAGUGCCGCAAACGCCAACAAGAAGGAAAAGAGAAUGUCCCUGGGACGGCGGCUGUUUGGUCGCCGGAGCACAAGUGGUGUGUCGACCGAGGCGUCGACAGGUGCGUCGGAGUCGCAAGGCACCUUGUCUACGCUUCCAUCUACGGAAGCAGCGCCCCGGUCGACCAAGAAGCGGCGGCGGUACGACAGUGGCCUGGGCUUCUUGGAUGAAGAAGAUGCAGGGGACGUGUAA